AUGGUAUAUCCAAUAAAUAGCGUUCUGGGACUGGCCAAGAAGCACUGUUUCUACAACGAUGAGAUUGCUUAUCCCCCCGCCUUCAAUCUUGUUGGCGCCAUCGCCAAGGAGACGGCCGGCGAUGACCAGACGGAGCAGCUAACCUCUUGGCCUCUGCUGCACAAAAAGACCUUAUACACGACAGUUCAGCGACUUGUCAACGACACGAGCCCCGAAAAUACCUACCGACAAUCGAGCUAUGUCAGCAUCACCGGCGGCGGGCGCGGCGCCCAGCCGCUCUUCUUUGCCACUGAUGUCAACGAGAAUCGCCGCCAGCGAGCCGAGUUUGGGAAGCUCAUUGCCAGUACCGGCAUGUUGAAUGGACGCGACUGGGUCGUCAGUAUGCACUCGGGUGGAGGCUUGUACAGAGCCCUCGAUUUGACGCUCGAAAUCAUCGAAUCUGCCGGCGCUUGCACCCUCGCCGCCGGCAGCUACAUGCCGCUGCCCGAGAUCCAGCAGCUGCUCGUCAAGUACAAGGCCAAUGUGCUGUCCGGGGACAGCAGCCAGAUUAUCAACUUUGUCAACCAUGUAUCGACGCUAUCACCAGAGGAGCGAGACCAGAUACACCUGGAUAAGAUCAUUUACACGUCCGAGGUGCUCACGGGCCCGCAACGCGCACACAUUCGCGCGACGCUCGGCCAUGGCGUCAAGAUUUGCUCGCUGCUGGCCAGCGCCGAGACGGGCCCCUGGGCGCUCAGCAACCCUGACCUGACGGGCGAGCGCACCACGGCGUCGUCAGACUUUGUCUACGACACGCGCACCAUGGCUGUCGAAAUCUUUCCCGACUCGGUGGCCCUGGAGGGUGACAACGACACUGACGCGACGACGACGACGACGACGACGACGACCGCGCCCAUGCCAUUGAAAGAUGGUGAAACGGGAGCGAUUGUGCUAACGUCGCUGUGCCGCCUACGCAACCCCCUCGUGCGCUACAUCUCCGGCGACGUCGGUUCUCUGCACGAACUUCCCGACCACGUCAAGCACCUCGUGGCCGAGGCGGACCGCCCGUACAUUCGCGUGCUACGCCUCGACGGCCGCGACCGCCGCUUCAGCUUCGACUGGGAGGGCAACUACAUUGAAUUUGGCAACCUGGCCGCCAUUGUCGAGGACCCGCGCUACGGCAUCCUUCAAUGGCAGACCAUUCUCCAAAGCAAGCCCGAGGGGCUCGUGCCGUGUCUCGAGCUGCGCGUGCUGCCCGGCGCCGCGAUGCGGGAUGACGAGGCGCUGCAGAGGGACAUGGUUGAUCGGGUCAAGCUGCUGAUUUCGCUAGAGGCUGGGGAUGAAGACAUGUUUGUCGUGGUGUAUUUGGAGAAUACGGACGGGUUUGAAAAGAGCAAGACGGGGGGCAAAGUAGUCAAGUUUAUUGACCGGCUCAAUUAA